AUGGCUCUUCGGACUUUCGUAUGCUUGCCAAGUCAGCACAUCAGUUUAGAUAAAAAUGGAAAUAGAAAAACAAGAUACAGAAAAUGGAAGAUUUCUCAUAAUAAAGCAAAGUCUUAUCUCAUGAGAAAACCUCGAUCGAGUCUAUGUAUGCAUAAAAAGCAUAUAAUAGAGGAAAAUAUAUUUAAGCAGUAA